AUGAAGCUCUCCGUACUUACAGCUGCUGUUUAUGCUGUUACUAGCGUUCAGGCUACUUGCUAUUGUUACAACACGGCUGUUAGCAACAAACGUCCUUAUCAUUCAGUCAUACUAAGAAGUGAUGACGCUACUAGAUAUGCUUGUCAGCAUUGGGGGUAUGAACCUGUCUCGGGCAGUGGCGGAUUGGUUUGUCACGGAGCCACGGGGUUAUCCCUGGCGAAUUGGAAAGCGGCUUGUAAUAAGUAUGGGGCAAAGGAGGCGACCUGCUAA